UUUUCUGCCUAAUCAUUUGACUCGUCAGAGUUUGAAAUGGACCAAAUCCACACCCUAGCCUUUUCAUGUGAUUGAAUUUCUUUCCAAGUAUAUUUAGGUAACUCUUCUCAAUAUCUCACAAAAUCUCAAACUACGGUAACCUAAUCAAAGCGUUGCAAAACUGUAACCUUCUAUCUAAUACAUCUCCUCCUCCCUCUUCGUACGUGUCAGCACCAAUUCGCACGUGUCACCCCAAGCCUCCAAACUCUUCAAAUACAGGCACAACUCCCACAUUCAACCCAACACUCUCUCUAAAGUCCAACCCCCAACUCUCUCUCUCUCUCCGAGAAACAGCCAUGGCUGGAGUCAGUAAGGUUGCUCCCACACCUCUGCUCAAAGAUGAGCUUGACAUUGUUAUUCCCACAAUCCGAAACCUGGACUUCUUGGAGAUGUGGAGGCCAUUUUUUGAACAAUACCACCUUAUCAUCGUCCAAGAUGGUGACCCUUCAAAGGUCAUCAAGGUCCCAGAGGGCUUUGACUACGAGCUUUACAACCGCAAUGACAUUAACCGCAUCCUGGGUCCUAAGGCCUCUUGUAUUUCCUUCAAGGACUCUGCUUGCCGCUGCUUCGGCUACAUGGUCUCCAAGAAGAAGUACAUCUUCACCAUCGACGACGAUUGCUUUGUUGCUAAAGAUCCUUCUGGCAAAGAUAUCAAUGCUCUGGAGCAGCAUAUUAAGAACCUUCUGACUCCAUCAACUCCAUUUUUCUUUAACACCUUGUAUGACCCAUACCGUGAAGGUGCAGACUUUGUCCGUGGUUACCCCUUCAGUCUACGUGAAGGUAUCCCAACUGCUGUUUCUCAUGGCCUCUGGCUCAACAUUCCGGAUUAUGAUGCACCCACUCAGCUUGUUAAGCCUUUAGAGAGAAACACUAGGUUUGUGGAUGCAGUCCUGACCAUUCCCAAGGGAACUCUCUUUCCCAUGUGUGGUAUGAAUCUGGCAUUCAACCGUGAAUUGAUUGGACCUGCUAUGUACUUUGGACUCAUGGGUGAUGGUCAGCCAAUUGGGCGUUACGACGAUAUGUGGGCUGGCUGGUGCAUGAAGGUCAUAUGCGACCACUUGGGGCUGGGAGUGAAGACAGGAUUGCCCUACAUCUGGCAUAGCAAAGCAAGCAAUCCAUUUGUGAACCUUAAGAAGGAAUACAAAGGAAUAUACUGGCAAGAAGAGUUGAUCCCAUUCUUCCAAUCUGCUACCCUUCCAAAGGAUUGCACCACCGUUCAGAGCUGCUACAUUGAGCUCUCCAAGCAAGUGAAGGCAAAGCUUGGCAAGGUUGAUGACUACUUCCUCAAGCUUGCGGAUGCCAUGGUCACAUGGGUUGAAGCAUGGGACGAGUUGAACCCAUCCGGAGAAAAAUCUGUUGAGAACGGAGUUGUUGCGAAAUAGAUUGAUCUUUGGUUGCCAUUAUCAUUAAUCUUUUGAUAGUCGGUGUCAGUGAUAGGCCUUGUUUGUAAUCUGAUCUUCCCUUUUAUCCGAGCUUUUGGUUUUGGAGCUAGGAGUUAUUUAUUCGGCAGGUCGGAGAAGAUAUUUUCUUAGAACAAUAAUGAUGACGGAUAUGUAUUUCUAUAUACAUUAAAAGUGUUAGCUAUUUA